AUGACGAAGGGCUGCUAUACUUGUCGCCGUCGCCGCAUCGUUUGCGACAAUGGUCUUCCUACCUGUCGCAAAUGCCGCGACGCCGGCAAGGAAUGUCUAGGCUAUCAGAAACCUCUGGUCUGGGUCAAAGGCGGUGUUGCAAGCCGUGGGAAGAUGAUGGGACUCAGCUUCGACGACGUAAUGGAUCGUAAUGCUCCCAAUCGUGGGACCAAGAAGAGGCCUUCCGAAGGGGACAGUUCGGGCCCUGAGCAACAGUCGGAGCGACAGCUUGAGAAACGGCCUGAGAAACAGCCUGAGAAACAGCAGGUGCAACGGCCUGAGCCUUCCGAAUCGUCCAGUGAAGGGAGUAAUCGAAAUAAUAAUGGUAAUAACGAUAUGUUCUGGACCGGCGAAGACGAUUCUUGGAACGAUACAUCGCAGCCUUUGUCUCGAAACCACAACGGAGAUGGGACCCUCAUGCAUGUACGAUCAAUUCCUUCAGGUCAUUACGAUCCUUCCCCCUCACGGCCGUUGGUCGAUCCUCUCUUUCAAGACAUAAGCCGCCUUUCAAGGUUCUACAUUGCUCAUUUUAAUCAACGCUGUGCUCGCGACCUCGCUCUAUACGAUGCUGUAAAGAACCCCUAUCGGGACCUCAUCCCGUUCAUCAGUGAGUCACCCGUGCUCACGGAUGCCCUGGCUGCUGUUGGAGCGAUACAUUACGCAUAUAUCUCGUCGAACAAGCUGCCUGUCCCUCUGUCAAUUACUUCGAGCGACUCAACAACAUUCGAAACGUUCUGCUCGGAUCAGGAUGCGAAGGAUAGGGCGGCGAUUUCGAUAUCACGGCAGGUUAGCUCCAAAGCAUAUGAGCAUUUCUUGUGGCUCAAACAACGGGCGCUCCGUCAGCUGUCAGCAGACCUCGCAGACCCAAUAAGACGAAAUGAUGAUCGAAUGGUGGCUGCGAUAUUUGUUCUCAUCCUCCUUGAUGCCAUAGAAUCUGGGAGCGGCGCAUGGAAAUACCAUCUCGAGGGUGCCAAGAAUCUACUCAAGAGUCGACAGCCGUUUUCACCUAAUGAGUCUAUAAAAGGGAUGAUGGAAAGCCUGAACACGUUUGUCAUCGACAGCUGUCUGAUAACGGAAAUCAUGGGUUCAACUCUCGCCCGACCCGGAGUCCUGUCGAAGCCUUUCUAUUCUCAGGCGAUGGGUCCCGCCAUUCUCAAGCGGCUGGAGAAGACCUCCUGGGUGGGCUGUCCCGCCUAUCUUCUGGAAGUGAUGUUCUUCGUCCACGCACAGCGGUAUUCCGAGUGCGAUCUCACCGGGGAAUAUUCACUGUCAUUCCUUUCCCCAUCAGAAGCCUCUUGCCGUCCGUUGUCGCCGGCGGCGAUUCUGCGGCAUAUCGAGGCUUUCGAUCCCAUUGCCUGGGCGGAGGAGAUGCAGACGUUCCACUUCCUACCGGAUCUGUCCAAACGGAUCGCCCUGGCGUCCGCCUAUAAGGCUGGGGUUUAUCUCUACGCCAAAAGGGUUCUCUCGAAAGUCAGUCCCCUCUCGUGUGGAGAUGCCUGCGACCACGACACCGUCGAGAAUGAGCUGAUCUAUCAUCUGUCGCUCCUUUCGCCGGACGACGAGCACUUCAAAUGCACGAUCUGGCUCACCUUCAUCGCGGGCGCUGAAAGCAAGUACCCGGAGCAACGCGUGUUCACGUUGGAGCGGCUGAGCGCCCUCUGGAGUGCGAUCAUCAGCGUCAACGUGCAGAACGCAGCCCGGGUGUUAAAGCUGAUGUGGCAGCGACAGGACGAGAAACGUCGAGAGUGGGAGAGAAAACGAGCGCAGAUGGGGGGAGCUAUGCUGGAUUCUUUCGAGGAACCGGAAUUUGAUUGGAUCCAGGAACUCGACCGGUCGAGGAUCGAUUGGCUUUUUAUUUAG